GAUAAGCCAUCAAUUCGGUUUGGAUCCUACUACAGUUAGUUACCGUAAUAAGAUUUGUGUUAUAUAAAUUCGUAGUGGUUUUAUUUUCAUUUUAUUCGACAAUAAAUGCUGUUAAUUUCAUUAACGUGAUAGAGCACUGCAAGUAAAUACGCUGUUGUAGAACAAAUGAAGUAAAGAACGCAUUUGUGCAUCCAUGUGUCCGUAUUCGAGAUGAGCAUUGAAGUUGGUUACAUAAAACUAUUGGCAACUCGGAAUCAUUACGCCCAAAGUUUAUGUGCUAAAAGUAGCCUCCGGAAAUCUACAUAAAUGAGUUCUUAUUAAGUCAGUGAACGGAAAGAGAAAAAUCAAAAUUAUCUGUCUGUCACGCAAAAUCGAUAAGCUUGAGCACAUCAAUUCGGAUAGUGUAAUUGUGUUUUGACAUUUCCAUAAUCGCCACCGUCACCUUCACCAUCAGCAGCACACGUCGUCAUCUCACUGUCACAACAUCAAUUUGCCAAAAUGUCAUUCAUUAAUAAAUUAAAGUCCACACCAUUGCCGCCAAUUAAAAACAUUAUAAAUGUUGCCGUGCAAACAGCUCGUCAGCACAUUCCCGAGAAGAAGGACUACGAGCAACCAGGAAGCAACACAACAGGAGCAGCAACGGCACAGCAAAAUUUUAAUUCACAUCCACGAGGAAUGUUUAAUGGAGGGGCUGGCGAGGGCCACUACCAAGCGCAAAUCGCUGAAAGGCCCACGGAAUUGAAUCCCUUUCGCAAUCCAAAUGAAUGGACAGAUGCCAACAAUGGAGAAUACAAGAAUGAAGAAUAUCAGAACACUUCAUUUACUGCUAAUGAAUAUGACGGACGAUAUCAGCAAACUGAUGGAUUCAGACAAGCAAGUGUAGCCUCAGACGGCAGUUCAUUUGUGUGCGAAGGUGAAGGUGGCGGUGGCACAAACAUCGACGAAUUUCAGGCCGCUUGGAAUGUGACCAAUGCGAUUCAAGGAAUGUUCAUCGUUUCGUUGCCGUUCGCUGUGCUGCAUGGCGGUUAUUGGGCCAUCAUAGCAAUGGUGGGCAUAGCUUACAUCUGCUGCUAUACGGGCAAAGUGUUGGUGCAGUGCUUGUACGAACCCGACCCGAACACCGGUCAAAUGAUACGAGUUCGCGACAGCUACGUUGCUAUUGCAAAGGUUUGUUUCGGUCCGAAAUUGGGUGCUCGCGCCGUUAGCAUUGCCCAAUUGAUUGAGUUGUUAAUGACCUGUAUUCUGUAUGUGGUGGUGUGUGGGGAUUUAUUGGCAGGCACCUACCCGCAAGGUUCGUUUGAUUCACGUUCUUGGAUGAUGUUCGUGGGAAUAUUCUUGUUACCAAUGGGUUUUCUGAAAUCCCUGAAAAUGGUAUCGACCCUCUCUUUCUGGUGCACCAUGUCACACAUUGUCAUUAAUGCCAUUAUUUUGGGCUAUUGCAUAUUGCAGAUUGGAGAGUGGGGUUGGUCCAAGGUACGAUGGAGCAUUGACAUGGAGAACUUUCCGAUUUCAUUGGGUGUGAUUGUCUUCUCAUACACAUCGCAGAUAUUUUUGCCCUCAUUAGAAGGCAGUAUGAUCGAUCGCUCUAAAUUCAACUGGAUGUUGGAUUGGUCGCAUAUAGCAGCCGCGAUUUUCAAAGCCGGCUUUGGUUAUAUUUGCUUUCUCACCUUCCAAGAUGAUACACAACAAGUGAUCACAAACAAUCUGCACUCACAGGGAUUUAAAGGAUUGGUGAAUUUCUUUUUGGUCAUAAAGGCAUUACUUAGCUAUCCUUUGCCUUACUACGCAGCAUGCGAACUGCUCGAACGUAAUUUCUUCAGAGGGUCGCCAAAAACGAAAUUUCCGACUAUAUGGCAUUUGGAUGGGGAACUAAAAGUUUGGGGUCUCGGAUUUCGAGUCGGUGUGAUAGUGUCAACCAUAAUGAUGGCUAUUUUCAUACCACAUUUUUCAAUUCUAAUGGGUUUCAUUGGUAGCUUCACCGGUACCAUGUUGAGCUUCAUCUGGCCAUGUUAUUUCCAUUUGAAAAUCAAAGGUCAUCUUUUGGAUCAAAAAGAAGUUGCAAAGGACUACCUCAUUAUAGCUCUUGGAGUCUUGUUUGGUGUAAUAGGCAUUUACGAUUCCGGUAAUGCCCUGAUUAACGCCUUUGAACUGGGACUUCCAUUUUAAAAGGUCAUCCUUGCAACUGGGCACAAAUGCUAGAGCUCCGGGGUAGGUCAAUGAAUAAAUAACACUGAUAAGUAGAAAUUGAAAUGCCAAAACGAAAGAAACAAUGAAAAUUUCAUUUUCUUUCUGCGUUCCAUAUACAUAAGUACUAUUUGCUACAAUUCAUAUGAAGUGUAUUUGGGGAAAUUUAUAUUGGAUACUUAAGGAAAUUUAAUUAAUUAAAUGUAUGGUAUACUUAAACUAAAAGUCAAAGUGACAAUUUGAACAUAAUCAAAUGUAAACUAUGUCUUCCAAAAUAAUAUAAUGAAAUAACACAUUCAUUAACAUUAUAUAAACAUGCAUAUAUACUCAUAUGUAUAUAUGUAAAUAUACAAUGUAAGGUAACACACAAAGAUUGAAAGAAAAAAUGUCUUCCAAAACGAUUUAACUAUAAAUAUAUAGAUAUACAUAUUCGUACAAUAAAUAAAAAGGAUUUGUAGAGAAAUAAUCGAAUGCACACACCUGUAUGUAUGUAUGUGUGCAUAGUUUAAAGUUAAAGUUGAAACUUGUCUUCCAUGAUAACUAUAUCACAUUAUAUAGAUAGAUCUUAUAUACAUACAUGUACAUGUAUUGAAUUGUAUGGAUAAUUU